AUAAUCGAUGGAUCAAAAUGGCAGAAAAUAGAGAGGCGGAACAUGUUUCCACCUCAGAAUCGGAGCAGAGUGACUUCAUAGAGCCAGAAAUAAGACGCAAGGAUAUCGAGGAACCUUUCAUUAAUGUCGACUACGAGGCACUUGAGGAAUAUGACAGUCAGCCAAGCGGGGUUAUCCACGAACUAGUUCGACAAAGCUCGCAUGACGACACUAAAAAUCAGUCGUCCAAUGACGAAAUCUCAGGCGGCGAAGAGGGUCGGUCUGAAAGCGAACAACUUAGUAGUGAUGUUGAGAAGGUGAAAUUGGUACCUCAGGAAAUCCCAGAGGAGGAGCUGGACGAGACACAGACAGCAGAGUGGAGACAAAGGAAGAAGCAUAUCUUUAUCUUGAGUGAAUCUGGAAAACCUGUCUACUCAAGAUAUGGAAAUGAGGACAAACUUGUAACUAUUAUGGGACUUUUACAAGCUUUAGUUUCAUUUGUUCACGAUUCAAACAAAGAUAAUAUCCGAUGUGUCAUUGCUGGUGAUCACAAAUUCGUGUUCCUUGUUCGAGAUCACCUGAUUCUAGUGGCGGUGUGCUGCAGUGAGGACUCCCAACAUCAGCUUCUACAUCAGCUCUCUUAUUUAUACAACCAGAUACUCAGUGUACUGACUCACUCAACUUUAAAUAAGAUAUUUAAACAGAGACGUAAUUACGAUCUUCGGAGACUGUUAAGUGGAGCAGAAAAAUUCCUGGAUAACUUGUUAAAUAUGAUUGAUAGUGAUGCUAGUUUUUUAUUGGGAGCUGUGAGGUGUUUACCUCUAGACUUUCAUGUCAGGGACCAGAUAGCACAGACUGUAGUACAACAAGCCAGGGUCAAGGACUUGGUGUUUGCACUGAUACUGGCCGACAAUCAGCUUGUAACACUUGUCCGCAUGAAGAAAUACUACCUACAUCCAAUGGAUCUACAUCUAAUCAUUAACCUAGUCAACUCUUCUGAGUCCUUCAAGGCCGCGGAAUCCUGGAUACCAAUAUGUCUUCCCAAGUUUGACUCCAGUGGGUACCUUCAGGCACACAUAUCGUACCUGGACGAGGGGUGUCAGACUUGCCUACUCCUUUUGUCGGUGGACAGGGAGUCUUUCUUCACUCUUUCUGAAUGCAAGAACAAAAUACUGGAGAAAUUAGAUAAAUACAAUGGUCUUAAAGCAAUCAGUGAUUCUGUUGCCAACACCAGUUAUAGUAUUCGGCAGUGUGGCAUAUCGGAUUUACGGCAUUUCCUGUAUAAGUCACGCUCCACCGCUCAGUUCACUAGUCCCGAGAUCGAGGCUCCAUACCUCAAACCUGAGGAACAGGAAAGACUGUUUGGUCUGUACCUGUAUCUCCAUCACAGGAUCCACAUGACUGACCGUCCACUGAAAAUACUGUACCACGUAGGGCAGCAUGAAACAUUACUAGGAUGGCUAACUCAAGGGUUUGAACUCUAUGCAGUAUUUGGACCUCUGGUUACAAAACCUGUUGCCAUAGCAGCCAUUAACAAACUUCUACGGUGGAUCAAGAAAGAGGAGGAACGGUUAUUUAUUUUAAGCUCUGUCACUUUUUGAUAGAAACUAGUUUUUAGAAUAAAAUGUCUUGGUGUAGAAUUAGAAGAAUUUUUGUGUGGAAUAUAUUUAAAAUGAACAUUUGUUUCUCAGUGGCAAUUUUAAAUCAUGGUUUUAAAACUUCGAAUGUAUUUUAUUUAUAGGAAUUUAGGGAAGGGAGUCCUUCAUACAAGGAUUUGAUUUGUUAGCACUAUAAAAUAUUAGUAAUAAUUGAUAAUUCAUAUAAGAUGUUUGCUCAAAACAUUCUGGACAGGAUAUUUUCACUUAAAUUACGUUGCAUUACUGAAAAUCUACAGUACAUUUAGCGUGUUCCAAUAAACCAGGAAGGAGUUAUAUUCAUAUCUUAACUACCAAGGUUGUUAAACCUAUACAAUUUCACAGAAUAUACUGUAUUUACAUUGUGGAGUGCAGAGCAAAAUUUCAUGAGUAAUUUUUAAUUUUGGAGAAAUUAAUACAUGUAAUUUAGCAUAAUCAUGAUAACUGAUUGUAAAUUAGUUCAAGACCAGUGAUUUAAAUAUGUUAAAAUUAGGGAUGGCAAUUGAAUAUGGAAUUGCUAAUCAUUUUAUCGCAAGAGGUUCCAUAAACGUUUUCCUAAUACAUUUAUGUUUUUUUUUUCUUCAAGUAAGUUCCAUUUAAAUACACAAGAUGACUUUAAAGACAUUAGCAAUAUUCUGUUUAUGCUUGAUCAGAAUUCUAUAUACAUGCACUAGUAUAUUUUUUUUCAUAAGCAAGGAAACAUUGAGAAAAUCUUAAAACAUACCUGAGAUAUCAAUGACAUUGAAAUUUUUCGACCAAGGUCAUUCUGCAUUGUCACCAUAAUUAGACCAGAGUCUGGACUGUCAUUUAAUUUACACCGUAAAUUACAAAAUACACACGUAAUUUGACAGAUAACUGCAAAGGAUAGACAGGGUAAGAUACACAUUGUAAUUAGUUCACAGUACUCAGCGGUGAUUUCAAAAAUAUCAUUGAAGAAAUAAGACAGGAUGGGUGAAGAUAUGGUGUUUAAACAGUAAUAAACGCUUCUAAAACUGACCAAUUAGACAAACGAUCUCAAUCUGGAGUGCCAUAAUUAAUUACCUCCAAAUUAGCUGAAAUAAAUACAUGAAAACCCUAUCUUAACAACAUUCAGAGCUUUUUUAUUACAUAUUACAUUGUAAAUUGAAUCUUAAGAAAAUUGUGUUCAGCUUUACUCAUAUUUUAAUUUUUUUUUUUUUUUUUGACUAACUGAUUACAGAUUUUCUUACUAAUUACCAUCAUUUCGACCAACGUAACAAACAAGAUAAUGGUUUCAAAUUGCCAUCCCUAGUUCAAAGAUGUACACAAUGCAUUUUUUUGGUCAAAGUUCUUGAGCUUCUUGUUUGGAUGGGACCUUUGGUAUCAUUUCUUCCUUUAGAUUCAACAAAACGUAUACUUGAUCCACAAACAAACUUGUCUUGACUCGUAGAUCUUGUGGUGUAUUUGUAUGACAUUAAACUUCCAAUAUUAAGUACCGUAUGUAAUACUCUCAGUGUCAGAAACACAUUCCAGGACAAGCUGUACAUAAAAUGUUUUUUAUUAUCAUCAUACUGUUUACAAACCCUCUGUUGACUAUAUUGAACACAUAUUUAUUAGCCAAAUAACUGAUUUACUGUGAUAAUAAUUAUUGAAUUGAAAAAAAAAAAAAGAUAAUGCAUGUUGGAGAAUCUAGUUUAAAGAAGAGAACUGCAGGAAUACGGCAUUGGUCAAGUUAAAUAUGGUAUUUACUGCAUGAUUAAACUGAUAUAUAUACUGUACAUAUUUUGUACCUUUAUCACUGACUGACUAAGAAGAUGAUUUAGUUUUAUGGUGAUUUCAUGAACAAAUCUGUAGUUUAAGCUCACCUGAGCCGAAGGCUCAAGUGAGCUUUUCUGAUCGAAAUUUGUCCGUUGUCUGUCAUCAUUGUCGUCGUCGUUAACUUUUCACAAUUUCAUCUUCUUCUCAAGAACCACUGGGCCAAUUUCAACCAAAAUUGGCACAGAUUAUCCUUGGGUGAAGGGGAUUCAAUUUUGUUCAAAUGAAGGGCCAUGCCCUCUUCCAGGGGGAGAUAGUACAAAACAGUGAAAAAUUAAUGACAUCUUUUAAAAAUCUUCUUCUCAGGAACCAAUGGGCCAGGAAAGAUGAAACUCGUGUGGUAUCAUCUUCAGGUGCUGUAGAUUUCUGUUUGUUCUAAUCAUGACCCCCAUGUAGGGUGGGGUCACAAAGUUUUACAUAAGAAUAUAUAGAAAAAAAUCUUCAAAAAUCUUCUUCUCAAGAUUGAUCAUAUUUAUGUAAAAGCAUCCUCAGGUGGUAUAGAUUCAAGUUUGUUUAAAUCAUGACCCCCCGGGUAGGAUGGGGCUUCAAUGGAUGAUCAAUUUUUACAAAGGAAUAUGUAGGAAAAAUCUUUAAAAAUCUUCUUCUCAAGAACAGCAAAGCCAUGAUUGGUCAUGUUUAUAUGGAAGCAUCCUCAGGUGAGGUAGAUUCAAAUUUGUUCAAAUCAUGAUCCCCGGGGGUAGAUUUGGGCCACAAUGGACAAUCAAAUUUUUACAUAGGAAAAUAUAGGAAAAAACUUUUAAUAUCUUCUUCUCAAGAACAGCAAAGCCAUGAACGGUCAUAUUUAUAUGGAAGCAUCCUCAGAUAGUGUAGAUUCAAGUUUGUUCAAAUCAUGACCCCCUGGGAAUAGGUUUGGGCCACAAUGAAAGUUCAAACUUGUAUGAAAAAAGCUACAGUUAGUCAAAAAAAUAUGUAAGCAUCCUUAGUUAGCGCAGAUUCAAUUUUGUUCAAAAUACCCCCCCCCCCUUUUAGGGGUAGGUCAGAACCACUUAUGCAUUUAAGCUUUUUAAUACUGAGCUGAUUUUUGCUUUUUUUUAGCCAUUGUGCUCAGGUGAGCAAUGUGUCCAUGGGCCUCUUGUUUGAGUUAAGAAUACCUGUUUCUAAUUGAAUAAAUGUUAUACAUGUAUGUGUAGAAGAAAGAAAAUACGAUUUUUGCAAAGAAUUGGUGUACAAUUUUAUUUCUUUUUAUAAGGUGAUGUUUUUUUUAGUCAAAGUCAAUUGGAAAAUGUACUGUUGUUGGAAGAAAAAAAAGUUCACAUUGUACUAGACCUAUUAAAGUGAUACUUUUGAGAUUAA